AUGCAGUUGGCCAGGGACCGUUGGCAGCUAGAACUAAUUAAAGGAUCAAAAUUCAGCAACCAAAUUGUUAACUCUGAGGGAAAUAAUGCGGCUUAUACUCAUGAUGCUGUUACUUCUCAAUAUGAUUCAGAGACAUCUGUCAUGAAUGAUAAAAGAAUAACUCCGGUGGCUAAUAGCAAGCUACACAGUGAAGUUCCUGUGCAGAAUGAUGUUAAUUUGCCACUUGCAAAUCUCCAAGAAGAGGUUCAGCCACUGGCCUCCUACCAGAACUCCUCUGAAAAUGAAGCUGGUUUAUACGAUGAUAGUGGCUACACAUGUGAUCCUUCAGUUUUCUCUGCCCUUGAGAGUCUAGAGUCAUGGUUGAUGCCAUUAAAGUUGCCACAUUCUAGAGAGAACUUUGUUUAUUUGCAUAGGCAAAUACUUAAUAAUCAUUAUAAUGAUGCUGUGAAGUGCCUACAGCUUGCACUUCACUCUACACCCCAUUUGUUAGCAGCAUUACAUCCUUUAGUGCAGUUGUUGCUGAUUGGAGGUCAAGUGAAUGAGGCCCUAAGUGAAGUCGAAAAGUUCUGUAACAAUUCAAGAGUGCCCUUUCCAUUUAGAUUAAGGGCCAGUGUUUUAGAGUGUUCUUAUUCUAAUGAUUCUGUCAUGCUCUCUACAUGUUUUGCGGAGACUUUGAAGAAGGAUCCAACAUGCUGCCACUCAUUGGCAAGACUUGUCAGCAUGCAUCAAAAUGGGGACUAUAGUCUGGAAUCCCUUGUGGAGAUGAUUGCUUUGCAUUUGGAAGCUACCAAUCCGGAGUCCAAUACAUGGAGGGAGUUUACUUCAUGCUUCCUCAAACUAUAUCAGCAUGAAGAGGAUCGAUUGUCAGUAUGUCUCAAUGGGAAUGAAGAUGAACAAAUUCCAAAGCUCUCUGUUAACUACAAUAAGAUGCCAAAAUUUUUUACUGAGAGAAAAUCAAGAAAAGUUUGGAGGUCACGCUGCAAAUGCUGGUUAAAACGUCACUUUGCCGAGGAGAUGCUUGCAUCAGAAAUUGCUUCAGGGUUCUCGGAGCUUUUAACUUACAAAGCAGCUUGCGCAUCCCAUUUGUAUGGUCAAAAGUUCGACUACGUUGUAAAGGUUUAUUCUCAUUUAGAGGAACAAAAUGAUAGGGAACUACUAAAAUUCCUAAAAAGGCACAUUGAGAAUUCUAUCAGAUUAAAUGCGAAUAUUCAAGAGAAAUUAAAUAAGAUAUAG